CAUACCUGUGCCAUAUCUGACUCGUUCGCGACGUACGGUGUACGCACACAUUUACCGUGCAAUUGCCAAUUUCUCCCGAAAAAUUCAGGAGAAAUGAAAAGAAAUCUAUAUCUGUAGGGCGGAUAUCGUUUUGCACGCUUGUGGCGUAAAACCGAGAUCUCGAGAUUUAUUGUACGCUGGAAACUCAUUUUUCUCGACCGAAAUUUACGAGAAUCGAUACUUCCAACGUGCGAUUGGAGCAUCACGCACAAUUAGUCUGGUUGGAGACAUAACCUAAGAAUACAAAGUGCCAAACAUCGCUCCGAAGCGAACUCCACAACAAAAAAAAAGUGCCGAACAACGUAAAGUGUAUCAUUAAUUUCUUUGAUAACAAAAUGUUUUUCUUAUGAAAUAAUCCGUCAGGAAAGAUUAUAUUUCUAACGUACAUUUUCUCAACUACUCUUCUGCAAAUUUUUGAUUGCACGCCAAAAGAUGUCAGACGACGAAGAUUACAUGUCUGAUAAAUUUUUACAAAAUACCGAGAAACAUGUUUCAUUGAGUCUCAUGUAUAAAAGAAUAGCUGAAAUUAAAUCAAAUCAAUCGAAAGCGUGCAACAAACCGAUAAAAGUAAUUGAACAAGAGAAAAGGGAGGAAGGCUUAUCAUCUGCUAUUAGCAAUUCGAAUAAAGGUUUUCAGAUGUUGACGAAGAUGGGAUACAAACCUGGUCAGGGUAUAGGCAAAACUCAAUCAGGAAUGGUAGAACCAAUUCCUGUGGAAGUAAAAGCUGAUAGACAGGGCCUUGGCAAGAAAAAAAGGAAAGAAUUGUAUGGCAAGAACAUGAAUGCGAAAAUGGAUAAUACACACAUAAAGGAUUUUCGUAGCAGGAUGGCGCAGAAAAAGACUGAACAGUUGGAAAAAUGCGAUUUAUAUAAGAGCCAAAAAGUGUGCCAAGAAUUGGACACUAAAGAAAACGUUGAAAAACCUGACGAAUCGUGGUUUUGGCCGCUGAACAAAGAGGAGAAACCUGACGACGAGGACGGAUCAAGCGAGGAGGACGAUGAGGACGAUGAAUCUCUCGACGAUUCAGAAAAACUUGAGAUUCUUACCAAACAUUUGAGAAAGAAAUAUUUUUACUGCAUCUGGUGUGGAACAAAGUUCAACAAUGAAGACGAUCUAAGGGAUAAUUGUCCGGGUAGCACAAGAAAUGAUCAUUAACCGUGAAAUGUGGAUGAAUAGUGUUAUUUGUUAAUAACACUACUUUUUACGAGAGA